UGAUCAUCAGCGCGUCAUAUAAUGUUUCAGCCGACGCCCCUCCCCCUGUCUCGUUUUCUCCCCUCACUCAACCUCUCCUUUGACUCGCAGAGGCUGCUCAGCACCGGCGCACGGCUCGCGGAGGACACGGCGAAGAAGAUGGCUGACUCGGCCGGGCACUGCCAGCUCCCGGCGGCAUCCCCGGCGUCACUCGAGCCGCUGAAGAGCCGCAGGACCUCCGCAGUGUGGAGGCUGUAAACAGCUGCUGCUCCCCCCCCCCUCUCUCUCCCUCUCUCUCUCUCACACACACACACGCGCGUGUCCACCCUCCUCCUCCUCUUCUCCCCUUCCUCACCGCAAAUAUUGACAGAAGUAUCAUAGAGAAAACAUGGCAGAGAUGGAAAAAGAGGGCAGACCUCCGGAAAAUAAAAGAAGCCGCAAGCCAGCGCACCCGGUGAAAAGGGAAAUAAAUGAAGAGAUGAAGAGUUUUGCAGAGAACACCAUGAACGAGUUGCUGGGUUGGUACGGCUAUGACAAGGUGGAGCUGAGGGACGCUGACAACUUGGAGAUUGGAGAGAUGCCGCAGCACAUCUCAGUGCUAAAAGAAAACUCCUUGCCAAAAAUCCCAGGUUCAACAGAGAGCAGUGAGGGCUCUCCCGAUAGAGCCAACAGCUCCCUGUCCCUGCCAAACUCAAGAAAUGGAGUCACUGAGCCAUCCAGCACUCCAUCCACCUCCACGCCAAGCAGCAGGGAGCAUGGCAACAUGCCAGUCAUGGUCCCCAUGAUCCCUCCACCGCUUAUCAAGCCACCUGCAGAAGAAGAUACAUUAAAUGUGCAGAUAAUGUGCGCUUGGUGCCAGAAGGUUGGCGUAAAACGCUAUUCUCUGAGCAUGGGGAGUGAGCUGAAGAGCUUCUGCAGCGAGAAGUGCUUUGCUGCCUGCCGCAGGGCCUACUUCAAGAGAAACAAGCUGGGAUAUAUAAGGAAUUAUACAACGAGAGACGACGGCAGCCUUGGAGGGAAAUUACCCCGGCACGUCUUAACUCGGGACGCCCCCCGGCUUGUCUUCAAGACAAACAGCGAUGUUCUUGUAUGUGACUGGUGCAAACAUAUUCGCCACACUAAGGAGUACUUGGACUUUGGUGCUGGUGAGCGCAGGCUGCAGUUUUGCAGUGCCAAAUGCCUGAACCAGUAUAAAAUGGACAUUUUCUACAAGGAAACCCAAGCUGCCCUGCCUGGAGCCCUUUGUAACCCUGUACAUGGAGCUGGAGGGGAGGGUAAACCAGAUUGCGGUGGAGGGGUACAACUGCUGACUCCUGAAUCCUGGGGAACUCCACUAACAGAUCUUCGGCGUAAAGCUCCUUCACCAGCGGGCCAUUCCGGCGCCUCUGCCUUGGUCUCUUCAACUUCUUCUGCUACAUCACCAUCGGAAACAGUCGCAGUCAUUUCCCCUUCCUCAUCUACUUCAGCCAAAAUCCCCACACCUAGACCUCACGAAAGCCCAACACUUCCCCCACCAUCUGUUCCUUUACACCCACCAGUGGGAGUUCCCUCAGGUAGUCCUCCCAUGGUGAUGACACCCAGAGGACCCAUGCCCCUGCCUCUGUUCAUGGAACACCAAAUGAUGCAGCAGAUCCGACCGCCGUUUCUUCGCCCCUCUGGCCAUCCUGCAGGGCCUAACAGCCCACUCUCAAACCCCAUCAUCCCUGGGAUUGGUCCACCACCUCCCCCAAGAAAUCUUGGUCCAGCAUCAAGUCCCAUGCACAGGCCCCUCUUGUCUUCCCAUGUACACCAUUCAUCCAAUCCUAAUCCAGGUAUGAUGCCACCUCACCCUGGCCUACCCAUUCCAGGACUCCCGCCUUUUCCUCCUGUCAAUAUGAUGCCCAACGGACCCAUUCCUUUUCCCCCAAUGAUGAACUUUGGCAUGCCAUCGUUAGCCCCAUUGGUACCCCCGCCAACUCUCUUGGUCCCUUACCCUGUCAUUGUACCUCUCCCAGUUCCAAUACCUAUCCCAAUUCCAAUCCCUUUUAACUCAAAAACAUCCAGGGACAAACCAGAGAGCAGCAGUUCUUUACACAGUGCUCCAGAUUCUUCAGAAGCUUCAUCCUCUCGGCCUCAUUCUCCAAGUUCUUCUGGAAGUGACAAAGGAGACCACAGGACAGAGUCAGCUGGUGGAGAACAGGUUUCUCCUGUACCUGGUGAGAGAAGCAGAACGGCAUUCAUGGAUUUGGCCCUGAAGGCAGAAGAUAAUCCAGGCAGUCUCUGUGUUUCCAGUGGCCCCAAACUGAUUGAUGGUGUAAUUGAUCUAACUGUUGGCCAAAAACCAGGCCAAAAGCAGCUUAUUCACACCCUUCUAGCUGGAGUCCAGGUCAAAGUGGAGGAAUCUAGAUCCCCACCGGCUGAUGAGUUUGGGAGGGAAUUCAUAGACAAUAGUGUGGAGGACUCUCUUUUACCACAGGGCAGUUUUACAGAACUGGAAGCAGGCGUACACCAUAAUUCAUUGGACCCUGCAGCUCUGCUUUCCAGCAAAACUGAUCUUCAAGACAGUCAAUUAAAUUCUAAUUUUAAAGUUGCACCCUUACAUACUCCAGUAAGGACCCAGUCCUUAGCCCUUCCCCAGUUUCAAGCUAACCCUGCUACCCCUUGUAAUGUAAUUGUCAAUGGCACUGGAUGGCAUUCCCUUCUAAAUGCAGACCGGAAAGGAGAAAGCGAGGGUAAGGACCUGCAAAAUAAUAGUGAUCUAGAACACGAGGCACUGAAAGAAAACAAUUGUUCAGUGGUUGAGGCAGGGAAACGCAUAUCAGCACAAGAUGAGAAAUUGGACACAAAAGUGGACAGUAAGCCAGACCCCGACUCCAGCACGGAGGAGGGUGAACACGCCUACGCCCUGCCACUGCUCUCAGCCGGAGGUUGUGUCGUCAUCCAGCCUGUGCCAAAGCCUGCCGCGGAUAAGACGGCCAUCCUGUCCUGCUCCAUAAGUGCACCACUGUCAGCAGGUGGGAGCCCUGAGCUUGAGCCACCACUGAAGAGGAGGUGUUUGCGAAUCCGCAAUCAAAACAAAUGAGAUGGAUGCUCUGAUAACCGCAGUGCGACUCACCCGUCUCCCCCAACCUCUAAAUCCCAUCCCUCCGAGCUGCACCACCCCUUAUAUUGUCACACAAACACGUAGGUUGUCGUCACCUCACCAUCUACCAGCACUACAAACCGCCUUUCAAGCCUGAUGCGGAAUCCCGGAAAACUAAACAAUGUGUAUCAUAGCAGAGCAGAGCAGACAGGGCUCCUCCUGCCUGUGGUUCAGCUCCUUUGGGGGCCAAGUUUUAUACCUAAGGGACAUUUUGGCCAGCAGGACCACUUGGACUUUAAACCAAGACAGUAAAUUCUUCCAACAGGAGGAUUAACAGGCUGUCACCCCCCCGCUGCUUCUCUUGUUAUUUAAAGAUUCAUUCUGCUUUCUGUCUGUGCUCAGCACAUGCACUCUAUAUAUUUUUGUUUUGGUUUUUUUACUAAGGAGCAUUCUGUGAUUAAGUUAAAGUGGAACCAGGGGAAAGCUUAAAAACAUGAUAAAAAUACAACCGAGGUACUAAAAAAAUGGUGUAUUUAGUUUGAUCCUUUCUAAAUCUGCACCAUGGCAUACAGACGAAUGUAUCACUCAGUUAAUGCAGUAAUAACUGAGCAGCUUAACUUGAAGGCUUGAAAUUGCCCCUCAAUAAAUAUAUUUAUUUAGCUGUUUGUUUAUACAAAAAGAUCAAUAUGAUGAGAUGAGUAUGAUACAAGUCAUUAGGAAUCAAAUCAGGAAAUACGUGCUAGCUAUUGUAGUUGUUUAUCAAACCCCACAUCUUGUUAAAUAGCUAUUAAUUCAGGUAAUAAUGGUCUAAUUGUCAGUUUGAAAUAAGAAAAAAAAAAGUCCAAGAAGAAAGCGCUAAAAAAUGGGACAUUGGUUUUUUAUCUUCUUUGGUUCCUGUCGUCUUUAAAACUAUUAUUAGCUGAUUAUUUGUUCCUAUUACACAAUGGCCAACUAUCCUUUAAUAAUCAUUACCUUGAUAUUCAGGACUUGGCUUCAUUUCUGGAAAAUACAUCAGUAGCUAAACACUAAUUGUUCCAUUUUCUCAUUUUUAUCUCUCCUGUUAGAAAAGGAUUACCGGUAUUACCUAACCUUUGCAAAUCGGU